AUGAAGUUUUCUACUAUCAUCAGCGCAUUCUUGACCCUCGCUGCAACAGACACCCCUACCACCAAUGCCUUCCUUUCAAACUUUGGUAUUCAAGGUCAAUGGAAGGAAGAUCCGAUGGGACCACGAAGACAAACCCGUGUUGAUACUUCAGAAUUGAUCGAAGAAGCCUUAGCUGCAUCCAAAAAGUACGGAGCAAGCUCUCCAGAAGCUCGUUUGGCAUGGGAAGUCGUCGAAGAGAUCGAUGCAAGCGACAACACCGCCCCCACACUAGGUGUUUCAUCCGAUUAUAAGGCACGGGUCGAAGGACUAGUCACCCGUCUCAAGCAACAGCAGCCAGCUAUGGCCGCUUUGAAUAGUAUGGCCACAGACAUCGAGGCCAUCAAGCUUUCUGCACCCAAGAAUACUCCUGCUCAAGAGAAUGUCCAACUUCAAGAAGCCAUGGACAACGCCAAGCGGCUAACUCAAGCCUUUGGCGUGCAUUCAUCGGAAGCCAAGGUUGCUUGGGAAACUGUGGAAGAAAUCGCCUCUAGUGGGAGUAUCGAAAACGCAAUGGGUGGUAUGCUAACACCAGAAGAGUGUCUGGUCGACGCAGCCAGCGAGGCCUGUGAAGCCUUGGAGGAACUUAACCGGGUGUUGCACUUGCAGGAACAACCAAACCUUGGAAAUACCAUGAGCCUUUAA